CUUACUAAUUAUUAAGCUCGAAAGAAUAAUAUACUAUUAUCAACAAUAAAAAUUGAGAAUACAUUGUUGUGUUAACAGUUGGCGUUUGGUUAGCAUUUAAUAGCAAAUGAAUAUAUAAAUAAUUAGCUUAUUUUAACUUAAUCAUAAUCAAAAACAUUAACCAUGAACGGAGAUCAAAUAUUAUCAGAAGCUCUUAAAGAUCAGGGAAUACGUUACGUAUUCGGAAUAAUGGGCCAUCCGGUAAUCGAGCUGGCAUUGUCCAUGCAAAACGCCGGCCUUCAGUACCUGGGUUUUAGGAACGAACAAGCCGCUUGCUAUGCUGCCCAAGCUUACGGAUACCUGACCAGGACACCAGCGGUGGUUCUUUGCGUUUCAGGACCAGGAUUGUUACACGUGAUCGGCGGUAUGGCAAACGCCCAAGUUAAUUGUUGGCCGGUCCUAGUACUCGGUGGCUCAUGUCCCUGCGAUCACGAAGGUAUCGGUGGCUUCCAGGAAUGUAACCAAGUAGAGGCGUGCCGCCUCUUCUGCAAAUACGCGUCGAGGCCGCCUUCGGCAUCCCUCAUACCUGUGCACGUCGAGAAAGCUGUCAGGCUCGCAACAUAUGGAAGACCAGGAGCCGUCUAUUUGGAUCUACCCGCAACAUUAUUAAAACAAAGUGUUAAUGUUAGUCAAGUGAUUAAAGUGUUACCGGUUCCCCCACCCCCACUCAUAUAUCCGGAUAUCAAGUUGAUCGAAAAUGCUGCGGAUCUUCUAGUCCGCGCAAAGCGUCCUUUGAUUAUUAUCGGAAAAGGUGCAGCUUAUGCACGCUCGGAGGUCCAGAUACGCGAAUUCAUUAGCAGCACAGCCUUACCGUUCUUACCGACGCCGAUGGGUAAAGGAGUCGUCCCGGACAUUGACACGCAUUGCGUGUCGAGCGCGCGUUCGGUCGCUCUACAGCAAAGCGAUGUGAUCUUACUUCUUGGUGCGCGUCUUAACUGGAUUCUUCACUUUGGCCGGCCUCCAAGAUAUCAACCCGAUACGAAAUUUAUUCAAGUGGAUAUUUGUGCAGAGGAAUUACACAAUUCAGUAACAGCAAGUACUGCGAUUCAAGCAGAUAUUGGUGUUACAGUUGAAAUGUUAACGAAAAAUUUAAAAAAUAAAAAUUUCUUUGUUCGUAAAAACGAUCCUUGGUGGCAAUUACUCGAUCUUAAAGGGAAACAAAACAAAUUAAUAGUUCAUAAAAUGUGUAUGGAUACUGAUGAACCUUUAAAUUAUUAUGUUGUAUUUAAAAAUAUUCAAGAAUUUCUGCCAGAAAAUUGUAUUAUUUGCUCUGAAGGAGCAAACACAAUGGACAUUGGUCGCACUAUGUUAUUAAACAAUCUUGCAAGGCAUAGGCUCGAUGCUGGUACAUUUGGUACAAUGGGCGUUGGAUUAGGUUACUCAAUUGCAGCUGCUCUUUACUGUAAAGAUAAUUAUCCAGACAAGAGAGUAAUUUGCGUCGAAGGCGAUAGUGCUUUUGGUUUCUCUGGCAUGGAAAUUGAAACAAUGUUUAGAUACGAACUUCCAAUUAUUAUUUUUAUUAUAAAUAAUAAUGGAAUUUAUGGUGGUUUUGAUGAGGAAACAUACAAGACAAUUCGAUCUUCCGGAGAUAUAAUUAGCGCAACACCACCUAAUACAUUGACACCAAAUGUUCAUUAUGAAAAGAUGAUAGAACUCUUUGGAAGGAAAGGUCACUUUUGUAAAACCAUUGAUGACAUUAAAGCAGCUUUAAAAAUUUCUUUAGAAAUUGAUUAUGGUCCAAGUAUUAUAAAUGUUAUGAUAAAUCCUCAAGCUGAUCGUAAGGAACAAACUUUCAAUUGGUUAACAGAAUCUAAAUUAUAAAAUAUAAUAUAUAUUUUUUUAUAUCAUAAAUAUUUUAUAUUGGUGCA